AUGCAAGACAUCAGCAGAGACUGCGACUCGUUAUCUACUUCGCUCGGCCAGCGCCGAGGCAUCUCCGAUCUGGCGCGAUUCGCACUCGACCUGACCUGGGCAACUCCCCCGAGAGCAGAGUCCGAGACUCCUGCUCGUCCCAGAGCAUAUCCUUCUCCGCCCAUGUCAGGGUCUCCUCCUCUUCCGCCCAAAGCAAACCCAGACGCUGGUGACCGAGGGCAACUGCAUGGCAGCUAUCCGUCCACCAGCCCGCAAGAUGCCUACCGGGGAGGACUGCCGCCAACAAUACACCAGGGCGACCCUCGAGGUCCGCCGCUGCAGCAGUCCUUGCCGCCGCCACAACCCCGAUCCUAUCACGCCGAGCAGGACAGGAUGCCUUACUCUUAUCCUAGACCCGACGACCAUCUGCGCAACACGCCGUCCGGAUACGCACACCUCGCGAGCCAGGCCUUGCAGCAACGGCCUCCGCCAUACAUGCAAAUGUCUGGGCCGCCGCCACCGCCUCCGCCACAGCCAGCAGGACCUCAUCAGCAUGGUUAUGCGACAACCAUGUCGCAGACGUCCCAGGACAGCGCUCCCUACACAUCGCCCAAGACGCAGAGAAAGACAAAGGGCCAUGUGGCAUCGGCGUGCGUGCCUUGCAAGAGAGCCCAUCUUCGGUAA